AUGGAUAUCACGAAGAAAGAACCCGUGAUAGACUCUGUCGAUGAGAAAGAUGUCCAAGUUGGUAUUAUCACAGAUCUCGACGAGGGUGAAGUGUUCCUGCAUCAACAUGGAUUCACCAACGAAGACGUCCAAGGCCUAUUAGACGAUGAAACACGCAACAAAGUCGUGGUCCGCAAAGUAGAUUUGAUUCUGCUGCCCUUGCUUGCAGGAACCUAUAUGCUUCAAUACAUCGACAAAUCUGCACUGGCCUACUCUGCCGUGUUUGACCUCCUGAAGUCGACACACAUGUCGAGCAACGAAUAUAGUUGGCUAGCUAGUAUAUUCUACAUUGCUUACCUUGUUGCCGAAUACCCGUGGAAUAUCCUAGCACAAAAGACCAAUCUCGCCAAGGUAGUCUCUGCGAACGUUAUCGCCUGGGGCGCUAUGCUUAUGAUCACUGCUUCUUGUACCUCCUUCACCGGUAUGGCUAUCUGCCGCUUCCUUCUUGGCAUCUUCGAAGCUCCAAUCACGCCUUGCUUUAUGAUGAUCAUUGGCAUGUGGUAUACACGGUCCCAGCAACCAUUCCGUGCUGGUGUCUUCUACAGCUGUAACGGAGUGGGCGCUAUGGUUGGUGGAGUCUUGACGUUUGGAAUUGGUCAAAUCGAAACGAUUGCCGUAUGGAGGGCUAUAUAUCUCAUUCUUGGAGGCAUCACUGUUUGCUGGGGUAUCUUUAUGAUCAUCUUCCUCCCGGAUGACAUUGUCUCUGCAAAGCGUUUCAGCUUAGAGGAAAAAGCCCUGCUCAUUGGACGUGGACGUCUUGGUCGCACUGGUAUCAUCAACCACCAAAUCAAGUGGAACCAAAUCCGUGAAGCCCUGGUCGACCCACAGGUCUGGAUAUUGUUCUUCUUCACUCUAUUUAAUGAGAUUGUCAAUGGUGGAAUCGCAAAUUUCAGCAAGCUGAUUAUAAAGGGCCUCACACACGACUCCCUUACUACUGUUGCACUGGGUAUCCCAUUCGGUGGCUUCCAGGUGGUCUGGGUUCUUUCGGGGACCUACCUGGCAUCCCGUUUUGCCAAUUGCCGUACCAUCGUCAUGUUCGCGUAUCUUAUCCCUACGAUCAUCGGUAUCGCCUUGAUGUGGAAGCUCGAUCAUGCCACCCACAAAGUCGGCGUGUUAUUUAGUUACUACAUCGUCGGUGCCUACGUCUGCUCUCUAGUUCUUGCACUACAAAUGCCCGCCACCAAUCUGGGUGGAUAUACAAAGCGCUCUACAGGUGUUGCGCUUGUCUUCCUGGCAUAUUGUGCUGGUAACAUCAUCGGCCCACACGCGUUCCUUGCAAAGGAAGCACCAAUCUACCAGACGGGGUGUAUGCUUCUACUUGCAUGUUCAUCCGCACAGGCUGCUUUGACUCUCUUCCUGCGACUUUUGUUGACACGCCGAAAUAAACAAAGGGAUGCGGCGGCUGCUGCUGCAAUUCAGUCCGGGACUUCCUUACAAGUGGACGAGUCAGUAGAUCUAACGGACUUCGAGAAUCUGAAUUUCCGAUAUGUGCUAUGA